GCGUGCAGAUCUAGCUUUGCAGGAGUCGUGGCGAAAAAUAGUAGUGCGUGUUUUCUCGGCUUUUUCGGGGCGUGAACUUUUUCCUCCGCACUACGUACGACACUGGCGGAAAAACUACGCUAUCCACCUCGAGGGGCACACGAGGACGGAGGACGGCGGCAUACAACACGUAGGUUCUUCAGCUCCAGGAAGGGUAGAAUCUGAAAUCCGAAGGUUACGUCAGGAGCUCCCUGUUCCCGAAUCUUGGCUUGGGAGUGAAGGUCAUCUGAUUUCGUUGCAAGGCAUCCGCGCGAAGCGUGGCAGAGCUGCUGCUUUGAUGAGCUCCGUAUAUUCUGAGAAAAGCCGGAAGACGCAUAAUCAAAUCCUUGUCGAGAAGGUGGAGCAGGAGGAGCAAGACCUAAGUUUGCGUACGCUGGAUACGGAAGUGGGGACAAUUUCUGCUUUGAUGGGUGCACCAGCUGCUCCUACUGAUGGCGGAGAGCUUUUGCGUUCUCUCGGCAAUUUCAGGGGACGCGACUUUUACGCGCACAGUAUCUUCGGAAUCUCCAUGGAGGACGUGGCUGAACAGCAUGGCGCGUCUUCAUCUGCUGCUGAUUCUAUAAGUCCUGGAGAGCGCGUUGGGCGACAUCUUGCUUUCCCCGGCGUUUUGGCCGAUAAACGUGACGUUUUCGAAGCUGCGGAGCAGGACAAAGAGCUUCAGGUCAAGAAAAAAGAUAAGGGAAACUCUCUUCCUCUAGGAUUAAACUGUGACGAACUAUCCAAGAAGGGACUUUCAUCUGGCGUGGUAGCUCUCUGUCGGGCCUGGUUCGGAGAUUCUGCGUCUCCUCAUAGUGUUUCAUGCUCCCGGUCCGCAAACCUUUCUGGCCUUUUACCAGAGCAAGAAGAGUACCACUAUGGGGGAUACAUCGUCUCACGAGAUCGUGUGCCUGAAGCUUUGAAAAAACUGAUUAUCAUUUCGGAGGACAAGCAGAAAAACGAUGAUGUGGCUUUGAAAGCUGUUGAUGGCGAGAAGGCCAACGGUCUCAAGGAGGCAGAAAAAGAUGCGCGACUUGUGCGAUUGCGGGAUCACGUCGUUAAGGAGGCACACGCAGAGCAGCUGAGUGAUAUACAACGAUGGGUAGUGACUGAACUGCAGCAUGAAAUUGCUGCCCUUGGUCCGGAGCAACAAUAUCGAGAACACGAAGCCCUUGCGAACCACCAAGUUUUAUUGAGCCAGGAGCAGGCCGUGGCCGAGGCCUCAGGUUCACGUAGUAGCAAGCAAUCAUAUGUUUCCAACUAUAGGGUUUCUCCUACAGCAGGACUGUCGUUGGCACGGAACACCCGGGCACGUGUUUUCGUGCGGGCAGGCCACACUCCGCAUGACGUGCCACGCUCGCACAUCGCCGGCGCGCGAGGCGGUAACAAUCUCUACGGCCCUCGUACCUCACUUGGACAGGGCCUUUCAGGCUAUAUUUUCAGUGUCGUGCUCCCGAAUUGGAAGCGCAGACGAAAAGCGCUAGUUGAGUGGAUCAUCGGGGACGAUGAAGACCGUGGUUUCUGUCGUACUAAAAACAACACUGAGCAGCAAUUUGAUCGAGCUGCAAAGGAAAUUGAAGAUGAGGAUGUUGUACCUGAAACACCCUUUACGCUGCGGCUCCUGAGCAUGUGCCGGUGGGCGUGGAUGGUGCAAACGGAGCAUUUCGAAUUUUUCUGCGAUGGGAAUCAAGGACCUCCAGCGCUCGUCCACAAGUCAGAUCACGGUCUUCUCCUCUACACACGAAAAUACGCAGAAGCGAAACCUUGUCGUGGACCUGUUUAAAAGGAAGACGCGCGCUAUGUCGUAUUUUCUUGGCUGCCACGAAGGAGCGAACAGCCCUUACUUCUCUAGUUCGCACACAUUUUUGUUGACUUUUGUUAACAACGAUAGAGAGUAUUUUUUGUUUGUUCGGGGAACGCGUACGAACCCACUAGCAGACGGGUGCGACCUCGUACUGCAAAAAUGAAAAGGCAAAUUAUAGCUGCAUUCGGCUCCAUGGAGCGAUGUGGACUGGAUUCUUGUCAAGGAAAUAGAGUCCAAAACAUACUAGUACUGCAAUGUUAUGUUAAAAGAAAAGGGGCUAGGGCUCUUUCAUCGAUCAUGUCCUGUUGGUUGGCCUUCCGUGACCAGACAUCUAAUAGCAUUUAUAGCAUUUGCAGGGUGGAAAAUUAUGGCACUGAAUCUAUACAUAGUCAGGCCUAGGAGGG